GGGACUGCAGCUAGGGACUAACUGCGGUAAACCCAUUUAAACUAAUUGGCGCUCAACUAGUGGGAAAACAUUGUGACCAAAGUUUCGAGAGUUCAUCCGAACUGAGCUUACUACGGUCUUACUGUCAAUCAGCUGGGUUUGUUGACAAACAAAAAAGCAAACAAAGUUAAAUGAAACGAAAAUGUCGAGUUCAAAAAACACAAGCUUGAUUUUGGUUGUCAGCAUGGCGGCAUGUAUUGUGGCAUUAGAGGAAGAGGACAAAAGACAGCGGCCGAAAUAUUGGGUGAGCCCAUAUCUGCAGGAAAGGGCCCUUAAAGGCCGAUAUGCUUCCGACUUUCAAAACUUGUUGCAGACUCCCUCAAUGUUUUUCGAAAACUUUCACAUGCCUCAGAAGAGUUUUAACACUCUUUUUGGAAUGGUGGAGCAGUACCUUAUACCGAAACGGAACACUCGCCCAGAUGCUAUACCAAUAAAAGCCAAGUUGGCCAUCGUUUUAGAAUUUCUUGCCUCUGGAGACCUGCAACGCCACAUUGGAUCAACUUAUCGGAUCAGUAAGCAACAUUUUGGAGUGAUUCUCCUCCAGGUGUCUAUUGCCAUUUGGACUGCUUUGCGGGAUGAAUUCCCCAAGUGGACGACGGGGAAUAUGCUGAUUGUCGACGGAAAGCAUGUGGCGAUAAAAGGCCCGCCAAAUUGCGGAAGCCUUUUUUACAAUUAUAAGGGCUUUCAUUCGAUUGUGCUUAUGGCAAUCUGCAACGCUCACUAUCGCUUCACCUACAUUGAUGUGGGGGCUUUUGGUAGCGAAGGAGACAUGAAUGCCUUCUCCCACAGCGCUCUUGGCAAACAGUUGCUCUUAGACCAGCUGCCCUUUCCGGAGGACAAUGUUAUAAACGGCCAUCGAACCCCUUAUUACAUUGUUGGUGAUGAUGCAUUCCCCCUUCAUAAGCGCAUCAUGAAGCCGUAUAGUGGCAAGGAUCUGCAUAGGGAGGAGCGGAUUUUUAACUACAGGCUAAGUCGGGCUCAUCGUUGCAUUGAGAACGCAUUUGGCAUUCUCAGCGCUAGGUGGAUGGCUGUACAACGAACUUUGUUAAGCAAUCCAUGCAAAGCUCAAAAAAUCAUUGUAGCCUGUUGUGCCUUGCAUAAUUUUUUGAUGCGGGAGAGUCCAGCAACUUACUCGAUGCAGGAGAUACCAAGCACUGUCCUGACCGACUUGCGACCCUGCCGACGAGGUCGCCCACAAGACUUCAGUAAGGAGGUUCGAAACAACCUUAAAGAAUAUUUAAACGGAAGUGCUGGAAGUGUACCUUGGCAAGACGAGUCUGCCGGUGUGCAAAGAAAUUAAAAAAACAAUAAAAGUUAUUUUGCAAUGUUAAA